AUGCAGAACGGCGCCAAAUACUCGGACAGUGAGAGCGAGCUGUCGGAGCCCGCAGAGCCUGCUGCUGUCGAAGCCUCGCCGUCACAUAUCGACAACGAGGAUGUCGACGAACGCAUGCCUGAUCAUGAUGAACCUAGCUCAGAUGAGCCUGAUGCUGAAGGUGAUGCCGACUAUGAGAUGGAUGGCCCCGUGCGGGUAAAUGGUACACAAGCGGAUGAGGAUCAUUCUUCCUCGGAUGAUUCCAUUAGACCCGCUAAGAGGAAGACGCACCCAGUGGAAGAAGAUGACUACAUUCGGAGUAACCCCGAAAUGUAUGGUCUGAGACGAAGUGGCAGAGCUCGACACAUUCAAAAUAUGGCAGAAUCCUCCGAUGAGCAUGAGUCGGACUCGGACGUUGUUGCUCCUCCCCGGAAGCGGGCGCGUCACAUUUCUCAACGCUCGUCAAAGCAGCCUACCCCUAUAGUCGAGUCUCCCACCGAUUCUGACGACGAUUCCGACGCUUACGGCGGUCGACGCGCAAAGUUGUCUAAGAAGCAGCGCAGGAGGUUAUUGCAGUCUGCCGAGAGCCUGACACCUCAACACGCUGAAAUCCGCUUCUCCACUCGUCGAGCUGCCAAAGUUUCUACGUACAACGAAGACGAUGAUGAUGACAUGUUCGAAGAGGACGAUCCCGAGACAAUGACACCCAACUACUGGGUGAACGGUCAAGAGGACAACUCACCCGCCAUUGACAUUGUCUUGAACCACCGUCUCAAGGCUGAUGUUACCACCCCGACGUAUUCGAAGGAUGAGUACGAGUAUCUCAUUAAAUGGCAGCAGAAAGCCUAUUACCAUGCUACAUGGGAGACGAUCGAGUCACUUGCUGGCGUCCGGAGCGUCCGGCGAUUGGAAAACUACAUCAAGAAGACCUUGAUUGAGGAUAUUCGCAUUCAAACCGACUCCAACAUCGCGCCGGAAGAUAAAGAAAAGUGGAUUCUGGAUCGUGAGCAAUACAUCGAUGCCCUCGAUGACUACAAGAAGGUCGAAAGGGUCAUUGGAGACCGUGAUGGUGAGGAAGGCACUGAAUACUACGUCAAGUGGAAAGGCCUCUUCUACGACCAAACCACCUGGGAGGCAUCAAGCCUGGUCAGCCAGAUUGCACAGAACGAGGUCGACAGAUAUAUCAACCGCAGACGAGAAGAAUUCAAGUCCAAUCCGACUGAGAGCAAUCCCUCGACUCGUUCAUCGUUUCAACCAGUCCGGGAACAGCCAUCUUACAUCAAGGGAGGUACACUUAGAGAUUUCCAGAUGACCGGCCUGAACUUCCUGGCGUACAAUUGGGUCAAAGGGAAGAAUGUCGUCCUCGCCGACGAGAUGGGUCUCGGCAAGACUGUCCAAACUGUUGCGUUCCUCAGUUGGCUCAGACACGAUCGCGACCAACAGGGCCCUUUCCUUGUCACUGUUCCCCUGUCAACUAUGCCGGCAUGGGCAGAAACUUUCGAUCUAUGGGCGCCAGAUGUCAACUACGUGGUCUACAACGGCAACCAGACGGCCCGGAAUAUCAUCAAAGAUUACGAGUUGCUACCAGAUGGAAACUUUCGCCAUCCACGCUUUCAUGUUCUUCUCACAACUUACGAGUAUGUAUUGCAAGAUGCGCCAUUCUUGAGUCAGAUUAAGUGGCAGUUUAUGGCAGUCGAUGAAGCCCACCGUCUUAAGAAUCGUGAUUCUCAGCUGUACGACCGAUUGCGAGAAUUCAAAGCUCCUGCUCGACUACUUAUCACCGGCACUCCUGUACAGAACAAUCUCGGAGAACUUUCUGCCUUGUUCGACUUCUUGAACCCUGGUGUUGUCAAUAUCGAUGAGAACAUGGACCUGACCAACGAGGAAGCAAGUGCUAAGAUAGCUAAGCUCACCGAGGACAUUAAGCCUUACAUGCUUCGAAGAACCAAGCAGAAAGUUGAGAAGGACCUGCCGCCAAAGACCGAGAAGAUCAUUCGUGUUGAACUGUCCGACAUCCAGCUUGAAUAUUAUAAAAAUAUUCUGACCAAGAACUAUGCCGCCCUCAACCAAGGUGCCAAAGGCCAGAAACAAUCUCUACUAAAUAUUAUGAUGGAGUUGAAGAAGGCCAGUAAUCAUCCAUUCAUGUUUCCCACUGCUGAGGAACGCCUUGUCCCAGAAGGCGCUCGCCGUGAGGAAGUGUUGCGUGCUCUUGUUACAAGCAGCGGCAAGAUGAUGCUUCUUGACCAACUUCUCACCAAGCUCAAACGUGACGGUCACCGUGUCUUGAUCUUCAGCCAAAUGGUCAGGAUGCUCGACAUCCUUGGGGACUAUAUGGAUUACCGUGGCCAUGCCUAUCAGCGUCUCGAUGGCACUAUCGCCGCUGCUCCUCGCCGCAUCGCCAUCGAUCAUUUUAAUGCCCCGGACAGCACCGAUUUCUGCUUCCUGCUCUCCACUCGAGCCGGUGGCCUUGGAAUCAAUCUCAUGACCGCCGACACGGUCAUCAUCUUCGACUCCGAUUGGAACCCGCAGGCAGAUCUGCAAGCAAUGGCUCGAGCUCACCGGAUUGGCCAAGUCAGGCCAGUAAGCGUGUACCGCCUGGUUUCCAAGGAGACCAUAGAAGAAGAAAUUCUCGAGCGUGCUAGAAACAAAUUGAUGCUUGAAUUCUUGACGAUACAACGUGGUGUUACCGACAAGGAGACGCAGGCCAGACGGAAUGCCUUUGUCGGGGAACCGGGCAGUUCUAGUGAGAUAUCAAGAAUUCUCAAGAAACGUGGUCAGAAGAUGUUUGAACAAACGGACAACCAGAAGAAGCUCGAGGAGUUGGAUCUGGACGCUGUGCUCAAUAACGCCGAAGACUACAAGGUUGAACAACCGGAUGGCACCGACGCCGACGGCGGAGAAGAGUUUCUUCGCAGCUUCGACUUCGUCGAUGUCAAGGUCGAUGAACUCUCUUGGGACGACAUCAUCCCCAAGGAGCAGUUGGAGGAAAUCAAGAAAGAGGAGCAGCGGAAGGCUGACGAAAAGUUUCUUGCGGAAGUCAUUGAGCAGAACAAACCUCGAAGUCGGAAUCACCAGGUGGAGGAUCGUGAGGCUCGCAAAGCUCGACGCCAGGAACAACGCCACAAAGAUAUUGAAUCGGAGAGUGAAUCCGACGAAGGUCCGAAGGCGGAUCCGGCACGUCCGUUGAGUGAGCGUGAAUAUCGAUAUCUCAUCAAAGGCCAUCUCCGCUAUGGCUCCAUCGAGGACCGUCAAGAAGAAUUUCUGACGGAAGCUCGUCUUCGAGGUAGAGACCUUUCCGUUGUCAAGGCUGCAAUGAAAGAAGUCUGGGACAAGUCGGAAGAGCUAUUCAGAGAAGAGCAGAGACGAAUGGCGGAGCUCGAACGGACAUCAAACCGGCCAAUCACCAAGAAGGACAAAAAAGCCGUCCUUUUCGAGUUACACGGAGUCAAACGAAUCAACGCUGAGACUAUUCUUGAACGGCCUGGAGAGAUGCGUCUCCUCCGAGAUGUCACGUCAAAGGAUGUAGACUUUAGAACGUUCCGUAUUCCAGAAGCGACCAAAGCCGCGGGAUACUCCUGUCCAUGGGGCGCGAGAGAAGAUGGCAUGCUGUGCGUGGGUAUCGCCCGACAUGGCUAUGGUGCCUGGGAAAAGAUCCGGGACGAUCCCGACCUUGGCUUGAAAGACAAGUUUUUCCUGGAAGAGCAUAGGGUUGACAAGAAAGCAGAACGCGAGAGGACGGAAGACAAAAACGCCAAAUCUCCCGGUGCAGUCCACCUUGUUCGACGCGCCGACUAUCUCAUUUCCGUUCUAAAGAGCAAGUAUGCAGAUGACCCAAUCGCCAGGCGAGCCGUUGAAAACCACCACCGCAACAACAAGAAGUACCACGCCGAGAAAUCUGCCGGGUCUCCCGCUUCGAUUGUACCUCGUAAAGGACAUCGCGACUCCGAGAAACCUCGACACAGAGCAGUCAGUCAGACUCAUCGCGAGGGCUCUGAAAGAUAUGGGACCCCGAAAUCAGAGGGUCGCCAUGGUCACGUCAAGCAUGAGAGUGAGAGCAGAGAACAUAAAGAGCGCCGACACCGUGAUGAACAUGCUCACAGCUCUCACCAUCGGCACGGCAGUGAUCACCGACGAGCUGAAAAUCCGGCCAACGCCGCUCCGACCGAAGUCGAUCCUCUCUUGGACAUGUUGUUCAAGCCUGUCAGGGAAAGCUUGAGGAAGAUCAAGGCUACAACAAAGAGCGCCAUACCGGAUGGACAAACCCGAGCAAACGAGUUGCGAGUCCUGCUCAAGCAGAUAGGAAAUUUUAUAACCGACCAAGUUGCCGAACUCGACGACAAUCAAGAAUCUGUGGAGAAGCGCUUCUGGGACUAUGCCGCUACAUAUUGGCCCAACAAGGGCAUUAAAGGCAAAGAGCUUCAAAACAUCCACGGCAAGAUCGUUGCAUCGGAUAAUAAGCUUGCAGGUGAAGGCUCGCCCAACGAUGAAUCCAGUAACGUCGACGGUCGGGCGACGAAUGGAAGCUAUCAGACUUCACCUCCGCGUUAG